GCGAAGGCGCUGUCAGCCUGCUGGCGAGUUCGGUGUCAGGAGCUGCUGGGCGCAACUGCAGAAGAAGAGCGCUGCCAUGGGGCGAGUACAAGGAGGGAUGCGCUGUGUCAAGUUCCUGCUCUUUAUUUUCAACUUCAUCUUCUGGUUGGCAGGCACUGCAGUUGUUGCAUUCGGGUUAUGGCUGCGGUUUGGAGAGGUAACAAGAGAUUUAACGAUUGAAGGAAAGUCCCCAGAAUAUUUUUAUAUGGGACUAUAUGUGCUUGUGGGAGCUGGUAUCCUUAUGAUGACAGUAGGAUUUUUUGGGUGUUGUGGAGCCGCCCGUGAAUCUCAGUGCCUGCUUGGAGCAUUCUUUACUUGCUUGCUGGUGAUUUUUGCCGCUGAAGUUACUGCUGGAGUUUUCGCUUUUAUUGGCAAAAAAGCGGCUGUUGAAGAGGUACAGAAUAUCUAUAAUGAAGCUUAUGAAGAAUAUUUGAAAGAUGCAGAAAAAGGCAACAAAACCCUCAUCCAGUUCCAUGAGGCACUUCAAUGUUGUGGGAAAGAAAGUGAUAUUCAAGUGAAGGCUACCUGCCCAAAAGACAUUCAGGAACACAAAAAUUGCUUGGAUGAAAUCCAGAUUCUCAUUGAUUCAAAGCUUCAUUUAGUUGGCAUUGUUGGAAUUGCAAUUGCUGGAAUCACAAUCUUUGGCAUGGUCUUCAGUAUGGUCCUUUGCUGUGCGAUCCGUAAUACAAGAGACAUGCUCUAGGACUCUCACAGCAUAACAUUUUCACACUAGGGAGUGGAGGGCUUCUGGACAGAACUCUGCAAGAAGCACUUGCCCUGCUCAGUUUAACAGCUGUAAUCCAUUUUAAUUAGUGGUGUUAACCAAUUGACAGAGGAAAGGGGAAGUUUGGCGAGCUUGAGAGUAUGCAUCAUUUGCAUUUCAAAUUUUAAGUCAAAAUCUGAGCAAAUAGGAUUGGUGCAACAAAGCCUUCUGAAAAAGGCAACGGCAGCAUCUUAAAUUAAAUUUGUUUUAAAUAUGAAAUUUGCACAUGUGUGUGGGUGAACAGUGCCUAAUUUCCAUAUUCAAGUACUUGUGUGUUGGCACACAGAUGCAUGUUGUGCAGCUGCACAGAUAUCUGUAUAUAUGGUGCUCCAUAUGAUUGUAUGUAUGUUUUGUGGGUGUCUGUAUUUGCAUGCAUAUUGCUGCAGUAUAUAUACACUUGGGUGCAUAUCCAGGCUAAUGCCCUUUCUGAGUAGACUCCUAUUUGCUGAUAAGCUGUAGAGGAAGAAAUACCUUUGAAGACAAAAGAUUCCAUCCAAUCUUCAGCCAGUUUCUGCAAUGCUCUAAAGGAAGAGAUUUAACAGUUCAAAUUGAGAAAAUAUGUGAUAAGUGGAAGUCUGUCCCUAGGUAAGUUUCCUCCUUUAAGGAUCUCAUGUAUGCCCUGUGCACACUUGUUUACAGACUAGGACCCUUAUUUUGCUGGAAGCCUCAUUACGAAUCGCUGUCCUAUAAAAAAGAUGGUAGUGACGGAAAACAAUUCAGGCAGGAGACACAUAAUGGUGUUUAUUGGAAAGGAGAUUUUACAGGUGGCACGCAACUAUUUUUUUCUGAACAGGAUCUGAUUUUUCAGAUCAAUAUAUUCCUGGGGAAGAGCUUGUGAUGAAUUUCUCUUGGUGCUCCGAGUUUUCUGUUGUUGUUGUUCUCCUCUGCUAAGCAUAUGUGCACCUAUUUUCUUUGUUGUUUUGAUCACUGCAAAAAGGAAGGCCUUUUCUGUGUAAUCAAGGGGGGAAAUGUAUUUUUAGCUGCUGUAAUAUUUCAACAAGCCCCUGCUAAGCACCAGUAACAAGGUAUCCUGUUGCAUCUUUAAUGAAUGAGGGUUGUAGCCUUGCUUAAUUCUAGCUAAAUCAUAACCUCCGCUUUAAAAUUUUUAAACUGAUAAAAUUCAGUGCAGAAAUAAAUAUUCCCAAUGGGCUUCAGACGUAGUGAUUGGGGCAAAAGGGAGCUGGGUCAUUUGUCACUAUAGAUUACACAAGCAGUGUGACAUUUGCGCAAUCAGAUUCCAUGCAGAAGUCAUAAUACAGCCUUCUGAGAAGUUAUGUUUGUACUGUACACAACAAAUCAAUAAAACCUGCACAUUUUCAUUGCAGUCCUAGGCAGAAUGACACCAUCUAAGACCACUGAUGUCAAAGGCCCUAGAAGUGGAAAGUGUUUGCUGGGACUGCACUGUUAUUGUGCUACAACAAGUUGUCUGGAAUGGAGCAGAGAUACAGAUAGGGAGAGCGGACAGGCAGUGAAGAGGCAAUACUGGUUGUUGUUUUUAAAAAGAAAGUAUGCUGAAGCCUUCCUUAUUUGUGUUAUAUUAAGACGUAUCAGCCAAACAAACAUUCAUAGUCCUAUUUAUAUUUUAAAUAAAUGCCUUAUUUCUGUUCUGGGAAAAGUCACCACAGAAACUGUACUUGAAUAGUGACUGCACAUUCUAGAGAAGUAUGCACAGGGGGCAUGUUAGUAGAAGUCAUUGCAGUAUCCUCUAACCUAAAUGCUGUGAUCUUUGAGAAGAUUCUGUCCAAAGGCUUUUGGCUAACAGAGAACGAGUCGGGAUUUGGGAGGGAGAGAAGUCACAUUUUAAUAUUCUCCAUUUCUUCUUCAGAAUCAGAGCAAGGAUUACUUCAGGGCAUUUUAACUAGGCCAUACAAUUACCAGAAAUGCUAUUAUUACCAGAAAUUCAUUGUGAUUAAAAACUGUAAAAGUUAUAUUGUUAUCUUAUACCUCAGGAAUGAGUAUGCUUUUUAUUUUUAUUUAUUUAUUUCUAGUUCCUUGAAAGAAAAAAUAAACCAAUGGAAGUAAUCCAGCUAGCCAGUGGGAAACAGUGGUGCAAUCUCAGUCCAUUAACAAUCAAUGGGAUCAUGCCAUUGACCUCAAUGGAGAUACAUCCUCAGCAUUUUUGUAUGUCUGACCCAUUUCUGGCAAGCUGUGGUUUUAGGAUUUAGAACUCAGGUAAUAACCUCUGUUCUUCUGUCUUUUUUCUGAUUAUGUUAAUAUGUUUUGUUGUGAAAAGGAAAAGGCUAUCAAAAAGAACAUGUCAGCAAGAGCCAUUGCUAAUUUUAGCUGAUUUUGCACGCUAAAAAUGCCCCGUUGUUGGCAUGGGGAAAGCCCUGGUGCAAUUGGGGAGUUUUGCAGCUCCCAGCACUGCAGCUUGUCUGCCACACUGCUGCCCCGGAGUUGCUCCGCAACAGUGGCUUUGCUCCAGGACUUUCCAGAACUGCAAAGGUUGAGGACCUUUUUAAAUGCCCCUCUGUUGCUCCAGUGGCUUCUGCUGCCAUGAAAACUCCUCGGCAGCAGAACGAGACCAUUUUUCCUGCCUUGCUGCUCUGACC